AUGUCCAAAGAGGUUCUAGUUAAAUCACUGGCUGGUAUUAAAGUGCUUUCUAAACCUGUCUCCAAUGAGUCAUCAGAAAGCUACACAUUGUCAUCAGAGCAGUUCCAGUUCUACGAAGACAAUGGCUACUUGGUCCUCAAAGAACUUAUCGAUUUUGCAUCAUUAUAUUCUUAUAAACAACGCUUUCUACAAAUUUGUAAAGGUCUUGUACCCACCAGCAUGGCUCACAUAAGAGUUACGAAGGAACCAGAACUGGCCAAGCAAAACCUGAAGCCAGAACAGUGCAUCAAUAAGCUUACAGAUUUCCUUUACGAUGAAGUAUUGAGCACAUAUGGAGAACACCCAGCUCUGUUGUCUGUGGUGUCGCAGUUCAUCGGAGAUGACAUCACCGCAGUCAACAGCAUGUUUAUCAACAAACCUCCUGGAGCCAGCAGACACCCUGGACACCAGGAUUUAUUCUACUUUCCAUUUCGGCCUGCAGAGAAGAUCAUAGCCAGUUGGACGGCAAUAGACCACGUCACCCACGAGAACGGAUGUCUUUAUGUCAUACCAGGGUCACAUAAAGAGAAGAAGCUGUACGAGCACGGAGAUAAACAGAAUGCACUGAAGCACUACCACGGCUUGGACGAAGACAUCCUCGCACCGCUGGAUAAGCAGGUGCACCUGGAAAUGAGCCCUGGAGACACCGUGUUCUUUAACCCUUACCUUGUCCACGGGUCGGGGCCUAAUCGUUCCAAGAACUACCGGAAAGCAAUAUCGUUCCAUUUCGCGAACAGUUCGUGUUACUACAUCGACGUCAAGAACACGGUACAAGAACAUUUGGCCAAAGAAGUGGAAGAGUACUCCAAAACAAAAGGACUUCCAAUUAACUAUACUGACUUUUGGCGGAUGAAGAGCAAACAAAUGAAGGGGAUUCGAUCAAACUUAUAA